CGAUAAUCCGCCGAUAGCAUUUGUUUACCUCUUUCAACGCACGUGCACCGACGUUUUUCGUAUAAUUUCUUGAUUCAUUGGAGUAUUUCAAGACUUCAAGAUGCCGCCCAUUUCCCAGGAGGGCAAUUGCCUGAUUUACCGCGGCAGCAACUUCCUAAAGCAGCGCCUAAUCCUCGCCUGCCUGUCUGGCAAACCGGUGAAGAUUACUCAAAUCCGCUCAGAGGACGAGAUGGCGCCCGGUUUGAGAGAAUAUGAAAUCAGUUUGAUUCGUCUACUGGACAAGAUAACUAACGGAACCAAGAUCGAGCUAAAUCCCGCCGGCACAAGUGUCAUGUUCUCGCCGGGAUUACUGCUCGGUGGUCAAAUUAAUCAUGAUUGCUGUGUCCAGCGUGGGAUUGGCUACUAUCUGGAUGCCCUAAUAGCCUUGGGUCCGUUCUGCAAGAACCCGCUACAGUGCAGCCUGCGUGGUGUGACUAACAGCAAGGACUCGCCAUCGGUUGACCACAUCAAGGGUGCAGCAUUAUCCCUGUUAAAACGAUUUCUUUUGGUCGACGAGGGCCUCGAACUGAAGGUCAUUCGGCGCGGUGUUGCUCCCCUGGGUGGUGGUGAGAUCUCUUUCCGCUGUCCGGUGCGAAAGAGCCUGCGAGCCAUUCAAUUCCAAGCCCAGGGCAUGGUCAAACGCAUUCGUGGCACAGUUUAUGCCUGCAAAGUUUCCCCUGCGAUGGCCAACCGUACAGUGGAGUCGGCCAAGGGAUGUAUGCUUAAGUUCCUACCGGAUGUUUAUAUCUACACCGAUCAGAACAAGGGCAAAAUGUCUGGUAAUUCUCCUGGAUUUGGCAUAUGUUUGAUUGCUGAGACCACAGAAGGAGUGUGCUUCGCCGCAGAUUGCUGUUCCAACACAAGAGAGGAAUCGGACACUCCUUCUAUACCCGAGGAUCUGGGCCAGGAGGUGGCAAUGCGUUUGCUGGACGAAAUUUAUCGAGGUGGUUGCGUGGAUUCUAGCUACCAAUGGCUGGCAGCACUCUACAUAGCACUAGGACAAAAACAUGUCUCCAAAUUCCUUACAGGUGCCCUAUCCACAUACACAGUUCACUUCCUGCAACAUCUGCGCGACUUCUUCGCAAUCACCUUUAAGCUGGAGAAUCCAGAAGCAGAGGACGAGGACGAGACGGAGGAUGUGCGAGGUGCCCAGAAGGUCCUAAUGGCCUGUGUCGGCAUUGGUUACACGAACAUUAACAAGCGCGUUACAUAAAUUGUUCUAUAGACAAAAACUUCUAGGAAUAAAUAUGUAUUUUUUUUAUGACAAAAUAUAAAUUAAAUUAAGUUUAA